AUCUUAAAGCAACGACAAUGUGUGCAAAAUAUAUAAGCGUUUAAGCACAUGAAAAAACUGAUCAAAUCCCAAAUGCAGAUAUCUUAUCCAGUAAGAACAAAUCAAAACAGAGAUAUGUAAAUCAUAGAAGAACAGUGUACCGAAAUACAGUGGAGCAAUCGGAAAAAGAAGAAAAAAACAGAAGCUGCUCACGAAAAGUUGGAGCCUUUAUACACCAGAGACAUGGAUGAUAGUAUUACCCAGAAUGCCAUCACACAGAAACCCAUGACUGUUGCUUGAAGAGAAGCAGAGGAGGAAACAGGUAACGAAACCGAAGGGGAAAGAGAAAGCGUUAGAGGGCCUGGAGCAGCCAUGGCGUCGUCGUCUGGGUUUGGCGGGCUGGGGCUGGAAGGGAUUGUGGGCAGCGAAGGUUGUUCAGCAGGAGGCAGCUCGGAGCCACCCGCGGAGGGGAAAAGGGGCGAAAUGUCUGGCGAAGACGAGGGAGGAAAUGGGAGCAAUGACGGUGCGGGUGAAAUGGAGAGAGACUUGGGGAGCCUGAGAAUCAAGAAAGACAUUAAGAAAAGGGUUGAGGAAGCCAUUGAUGAUGGAGAAAUAAUGAAUGUGCAAGCCACCAAUGAAGGUACCAGCAUCCCUGUGGCUGCUAUCAUACCGGUCAUUUCAGCCCCGGUGUUGCCUUUGGGUCUGAGCUCUGUCCCGACGGCCAGCGUGAUCAGUCCCUUCGUGACCCCCGUCCCUUCCGCUGGACCGAGGGUCACGUUCCCACCAAGCAUGACUCAGUUCAUGAAUGACCCAGCCAAUCUACAAGCCAUCCAGGGCUUCGGUCAGGUCAUGGCCAUGUGCCAACAGAGCGGGGGGAUGCCUUGUCUCCCUGGUAUGUUCCCGUUUGCCCUUCCAGGCGCGGGAACCGUGCCCCUGCAAGCUCCGAUGGCGGUGACGUCGUUCCAGACGCCGAUGCCGCAGCCAUCACCUUUCCAGCCCCAGCUGGUCAGCACCAUGGCCCCUGUCAACUUGACCGGCGCACUUAACGCCGCAGGGCCGUCGCAUCCCCCGCAAGGUAUGAAUCCGCAAAUCACCCCUGAUGGUCAUUGCGUCUCAAUUGAGAGUGAUGACGGCGAGUGGGACAUUCCAAGGGCCCACAAGAAGAAGAAAGGAAAAAACAUCCGGCCAGCGACCUCCCGAAACUCCGCCUUCGAAAGGCUGGGGGAUAGGGAGGAAGGCCGGAGGAAGGCCUCUCGUCAGGAAGAGGAAGCGGCGAGCCAGCCCAGGUUACCGGUGGCGAACCGGUUGACCGUCCCAAAUGACCGCGUCCAGCAGAUGGAGGCAAAACUGGAGAGGCUGGAAAAGAAGGUCGGGGAGAAGAAUGACCGGGACAAACCCUUGGCGGGGUCCCCGUUCACCUCAAGGGUCCAUCUGAUACCUUUCUCGCGGAAGGUCAAGAUCGACGCCCCCAGAUUCACCGGGAAGGAAGAUCCGGAAAUCCAUCUGGAUUCCUUCAACCAGAGCGCGACCAUGAACGGUUGCACCGAUGAAGAAAAGUGCCUUCUUUUCUUCCAGACCUUGCGGAACCGAGCCACUGAAUGGUUCAAUAAGAUUCACCCAGGAAGCAAUGAUUCAUUCAGUGAUUUGGCCUCAAAAUUCAAGGCCAAGUUCCAGGAGAAUUGUACUAAGAGGAAGAAAUUCACCUAUCUUAGUACAGCCGGGCAGAGGGAUUCUGAGAACCUUACUCAGUUCCUUACCCGGUGGAAGGAAGAGGUAGACAAGGUGGAAGAGAUGGAUGACAAGACCGUCCUCUCCCUCCUCUUGAAUGGCUUGCGUGCUGGGGAACUAUACAAGGAGUUCUGCAGGAAACCCCCAGCCACAUACCAAGAGGCCUACCAUACUGCAUGGGAGUUUGCUGAGGCUGAAACUCAACUCCGGGCAAAGAAAGAAGCUGAGCAUGGCUACAAGCCCAAGCCGGUGCAAGUUAAGAAGGAGGAAGCACCGGAACCUAGCCGGCCGAGGCACCACUAUGACCCGGUCAUCCGAGUGGUCAAUACGGAAGAAUGCCAAGAAAUCCGGAAAGCACCGGUCAUUCCUCCAGAAAACCCUACCGGUCAAACAGGGUGGCAAUGGUCGGGCACCUAUUGUUCGUACCACAGUGGAGAGCUGGGCAAGGAUUACUUGCAGAAAGCCCAGGAGAAAAGUCAUCAAUGGGUUAGGCCAACUGCCCCGGGAGAUGACCGGGACAACGACCGGCGGAGGAAUAACCGGCCAAGGGAGCGACAACCUGCUCCCGAAAAAGAGCACAUCGGCAUGAUCUUCGGCGGACCUGAGGGUGGAGAUUCAACCGCACAACGGAAGAACUGGGUUCGGAGCAUCUACAUUCGGGAGGUAAGUGCUGAACCGCCCAGGCGUAAACAUACUAGGAGGGAGCCGAUCGUCUUUACUGACCGGGAUCUCCCUCCUACCGGUGAAGAUCACAAUGAUCCAUUGGUCAUCACCAUGGACAUUAAUGGGGUGGACGUCGCCCGGGUACUUGUUGACACCGGCAGCAGUGUCAACAUCUUAUACCUGGAGACUUUCCAAAAACUCAGGUUGAGUCGGACACAACUUGAACCCCUCAAAACCCCUCUCUCAGGCUUCACGGGAGACACCGUUGAAGCUGAAGGAUCCAUAGUUCUACCGGUCGAACAAGGAUCAGGUGAAAAGACCGUGUGGAAGAAGAUGCGGUUCAUAGUUGUGGACAUCAAAUGCGUCCACAACGCAAUUCUUGGAAGGCCACGCAUCAAUAGAGUCGGGGCGGUGAUUUCCAUGCCUCAUCUAUGCAUGAAAUUCCACACUCCGGGUGGUGUGGGUGAGGUGAAGGGCGACCAGAGGAACGCCCGGGAGUGCUAUGCCCGGGCAGUCAAGAAGAUGACCAAGGGGGUCAAUGUCAUCUCCCAAGAAAUCACAAAGGGAGAGACCCGGGAGAAAUUGGAGCCCGAGGCCGAGACGGUGGAAAUCGAACUUCACCCGGACCUACCGGUCAACAAGCCCAUUGAUCAAUGGUGGGAGAUGGCAGUUGAUGGGGCAUCCGGUCCUAGAGGGUACGGGGGUGGUAUCGUGUUCACCACCCCAGAAGGGUUCAAGAUCUACCAUGCGAUCGUCUUCAACUUCAAGCUGACGAACAAUGAGGCAGAAUAUGAAGCUCUGGCUGGAGGGCUCAGACUUGCCCAAGCCCUGAAAAUCAGCCGGGUCAGUAUCAAAUCUGACUCUAGCCUGAUCGUUGGGCAAGUGACCGGUAACAUGGAGGCAAGGGAAGAACGCAUGGCACAAUACAAGGACCUUGUACUUGCCCUGUUGAAAGGCUUCGAAGAGUUCAAGAUCGCCCAAAUUCCCCGAGCAGAGAAUGCGGAUGCAGACCUUCUCUCCAAGUUGACGCAGUAUGCUCCCGAGCAUGUUUCAAAACUUGCCCGGGUAGAGAUCCUUGACCGUGCAAGCAUCGAAAAAUUGGAAGUCGCUGCUAUAACGGCCGGAAGCCAAUUUGACCGGUCAAACCUGGUCGGGGCGGACGACCAUUGGAUGUAUGAUCUGAUGGAAUAUUUGAUGGAUGGGAGCUUGCCAGAACAAGAUGACCGGGCAAGAAAAGUGAAGCUCAGGGCACCCCGAUUCCAGGAUUGUGAGAGGUACGUUCAGAGAUGCAGGACGUGCCAAGUAUUCUACAAGUAUCCUGGUAGGCCGGCGACCUACUAUCACCCCGUAUCAAACGUCAUCCCAUUCGCUAGAUUCGGGGUUGACAUCAUCAGAGCAUUCCCAGUCGCCCAAGGAGGGAGGAAGUUCGUGAUCGUAGCCAUCGAUUACUUCACCAAAUGGAUCGAGGCCGAAGCAUUGGCCAACAUCACCACGCAACAAUGUAAGAAAUUCAUUUGGAAGAACAUCAUCACGAGGUUUGGAGCGCCCAUGAACCUCAUCACCGACAACGGCCCACAAUUCCGAAAUCCGAGGUUCACCGAAUACUUGGAGGGCUUCGGAAUCAAGCACAAUCGCUCCUCGGUAGCGUACCCCCAGGGGAAUGGCCAAGUCGAAAACGCCAACCGAACGAUUGUGGACGGUCUAAAGAAACUGCUGGGAGAAGCAGGAAACAAGUGGCUGGAAGAGCUUCCACACAUCGUGUGGGCAUUCCGAGUAACACCCAGGAGGGCUUAUGGGGAAACUCCAUUCUCCCUAACCUAUGGGUGUGAAGCAAGGCUGCCCAUCGAGGCUGAAUUCCCAACGUUCCGGGAAUCAAAUUAUCAACCCCAACAAAAUGAAGAAGACCACUUGGCCGAGCUCAACUUGGUCGAAGAACGAAGAAUGGCCGCGGAGGUUAAAAUAAGUACAUACCAACAAGUCGUGAAGAAGUACCAUGACAACAAGGUUGGGCCGUGGUACUUCCAAGUUGGAGAUGAAGUCCUACGAAGAAGAGAAGCAAGUAGACCUGGCGAUGGAGGAAAGCUGGCCAAAAACUGGGAAGGACCUUACCAGGUGAGGACUAUCAUUCGCCCGGGAACCUACCGGUUAGAAACUCUCGAUGGUGUACUGGUAGAAAGAACCUGGAAUUCCCAUCACCUUCGCAAGUUCUACAAAUGAUUGUAAUACUAGGCAAGGCCUACUUCAAUUGUCGAUCAAAUUAAGGUUCAAUACUCUGCAUGGUAGCAGCAGGAUUGAUAGGUCGAACCUAUCCUAAGAGGGCUUCCCGGGUGGAUCGAAUCCACUUGGAUAAGCCAACUGAGACACAGGCCCGGACCUGGCACGCUGGUUACUACACCGGUCUUGCUCAGUAUAAUAGAAAAAAUAUUAAAACCCGGAAGAGGGGCCCGGAAGAUGGUAUGCCUA